AUGCACGACGUGACGUUUUUAAAGAGGACACCACGAUCAGUCCCAAAAACUGAGGUGUGGGUGGAUAUCGUCUCAACCAGGUCGACGCCCGGCCCAUUUACUCCAGCCCGUACCAGUGCGAGAACACGAGCACAUACCACAGUUCACACAAGCCGAACGAGACUAUUUGGCAGUCAUGCAAGAGGGAAACGCAAACUACUUGGAGCUGGCAACUGCUCGGAGCCUGAAACACCCGCAUUCACAUCCGAGGCUCUUCGUCUGUUCAAGAUCGCCCAGAAGAAAGUCUCGUCGAACGUUAAAGAACAGUUUGACGUAGAUGCUUAUUCUCCUCGAAAUGCAAGAACCCCUAGAAAACCUGCACAAGUGAUCCACGAACCCCUCUUCGUACCUCCGAGCUCUCUAGAUCACAACAAGCUACCUGUAUCAUCUUCGCCUGACGCUAUUCAAUUUAUAUUGUUUUGCUACACCUUUGCUGAUUUCUUGGGGUGGCGAAAGCUCGAUAUCCACCUGCUUGAGGAAGAACUUGUCAAGGGUGACAGUCUGUACAUAAUCGAAAUUAUUAUCAAGUUGUUGCGCAAAGUAGGACACUCUACGGAUAAUAUAAUGCUUUCAAACUGGGAAGAAACUCUUCGAUUCCACACGUCAGUGCGACGGCAGAGUGAUUUGUGGCCGCGGGAUGUCACUUUCGCACUGCUUGACGUACCUGCACGGCUUCGCCUUCUCCGAGAGUUGUGCGACUGGGUUUUGGAAAAGCAAAAGAAACACCUUGGAAUGAGGCCGCACAGAAUGCGUUUUCUACCUGUUGCGGUGGAUGACGUAGCGAUGCAGCAGAGGCGCUACGUAUAUUGGCAUUUUGGAAUUGGGGCAUUAAAUCAGCGGCUUUAUUGCCAAGUGCUGAGUUGGCGACAGAUUGGUGAAGCGUCGUCGCCACCAGAGGAGGGAGAGAACGAAUCUUUAGACGUCCUGGAGCUGUCAAAUCCCGGCGUCCUUCACGUGGUAGCCUCGACCCCCGAAUCGUGGGCGAUGUUUCUAAAGAAAGUGAAAGGUAGUCGGGUUCCUGCGCAUAAACUUUUGCGAGCACAGUUCACCUCUCUCGCACGCCGAAAGGCCGCUGUAGAGGCGAGCAGCGAAGUGACGAACAAAGACGAAGAACACAUCAGUGUGGAUGGUUUAGCAGCGGAACUACUGCAUGACCAAGAAAUCAUGGUGGAAAAGAAGCGAAAGGCUGAGGAAGGAGAGGAAGAACGAAUUCGCAGAUUAGAACGACUACGAGCAGCACGAGAAGCUGCACGGCAACCUACUCCAGAGAAGAAAGCGUCCACAGAGGCGUCACAUAAUGUAGAACGACGAAGGACGAGGUUGGCAAAGAGUGCCAAAGAAGCAGCGCCAGCACAACCGAUUGUUUCUAAAACUACAGCGUGUGACGAGCAAUUGCGAAUACGAAAGACACUAGCUAGGAAGCAAUAUGAGCUUUUCACUGACGUGGACAAACAUACCAAGAGCGAAGAAUAUCGGAGUAUGAUCGCCGAAGGGACGCAUAUCCCACUGUGGCACAUUUUGACAAACAUACUGUGUGACCUAUCCAUUUGGGAUGUUUCACUCAAGCCACGGCUUUGGGUGCGGAAUCUCUAUGGUCUGCAGUACGAUCCAGAUCUAGAAAAACGAGAAAUGGACUUUAUCGUCAAAAAUGCGUGCAAACAUCUCGUAGAUGGGUUGAAACGACAUCCAUCUCACGAACCAUUCUUCGAACCGAUAGACCCUGCUCAAGUGCCUGGUUACGACGAGGUUAUCCGAUACCCCAUGGAUCUCAAAACGGUUUAUGUCAAGGUCAUGGUGGACGAGUAUCGGGCCUUUUCUGAAUUCGUGGCCGACAUACUUACCAUAUUCCGCAAUUGUCGAAUUUUCAAUGAAUCAACUUCUCCUAUCGUGUACGAAUGCUUGCAACUGGAGCUACGCUAUGUGGAAUUGUGCUGUUGUUUGGGAAUGGUCAUCGGCCAUUCAGGUGAAGGGCUGGACUGGGAUGAUCCAUUCCUGUUGUUUGAGAGAAAUCGGCAGGCGAAGACGCCCUUUCCAAAAGGAAAGCGACCCAGGAAGCCAAAGAAUGUGAAGACGGAUGCAUCAUAUACCUCAUCACACGAUGCUGAAGCGCCUGCACCGGCCAAACGUGGGCGCAAGAAAAAGAAGUUGGAUGUACCUAAGGCUCCAAAUGGAUUCGCGAUCGACCCUCUGUUCGGGAUGGGGAUAGAGAUGCCACAUUUCGACAUUGGGGAUAAUUUUUUGCUUCUUAAUCAAGGUAUCCUGGGGUCCGCCCCAGGCCUAGGUUCGUACGAAAAUAUGUUGCCCAACGCACCUCCUGGUAUACACGAAACCGUGUCUACGAUGAGUGGAGUUUCACCAAGCUUUGCCGCAGUCACUGCUUUUGAGGGCUAUGAACUCACGAGCUCCGUUGAACCAACAGCCAUUCCUGUGUGGACCGACGUACCAAGCGAGAUUGGUCCCGCCUGUUCAGCAACUCAGAUUCCAAUAUACCCUAAUUUUGGGGCCAUGCUUGAGGAUACGGGGGCCACUACACAGGAAUUCGAAGUUCAUGACACCCCGUUCGCGUUUGGGGAUGUUUAUCAGGUUAAUGAAGCACUUGGGCUUAACAUGACGUACGUAAAUGCGAUUUCGGAUAAGGAGAGCGACAAGGAACCCUGCCUGGAGGAGAACAUAACAUCAAGCAUGCGCAUACAGGAAAUACUAUCAACAUUCGACAAUGAUGUACAAGUGCCCAAUGCUGAUGGUCUUGCCAUGAGACCUGGAAGUCCGAUGCCGGAGAAGAUCGUUGAUAAAGAGCCUGGCGUGGAUGAGAGCGCAACAACAUCAUCCAAUAGCAUACAAGAAAUUCCAUCGACAUACGGUGAAGAUAUAGGAGAUUCAACUGCUCUUGGGCUUACAAUAGGACAAGAAAACGCGAUCCCAGAGAAGAAGGAGGCCUACAACCCACCUGUUAUGGAUGACAGCGCACAGUCGGGGAUACAAGAAAUGGCAUCAACAAUCAUGGAAGAUGUACACAUUUCAGAAGGCCUUGGCUUAACGGUAGCGCAAGGAAGCGCGAUCGCAGAAAAGGAGAUUGAUCAAGAACUUGUUAUGGACGAGAGCACAAAAUCGGGCACUAGCAUACAAGAAAUGCCAUCAACAAUCGUGGACGAUGUGCACGACGUGCAGGCUUCAGAAACUCUUGGCCUAAUUUCUUGCGCCGUCACCGAAAACGAGAGCGAUCAAGAACUUGUUAUGGACGAGAGCACAAAAUCGGGCACUAGCAUACCAGAAAUGCCAUCAACAAUCGUGGACGAUGUGCACGCUCCAGAAGCUCUUGACCCAACGAUGGCACAAGGAAGCGCGAUGCCAGAGAACGAGACCAAUCAAGAACCUGACCAGGAUGAAGAUGGAGAGGAAGCAAAUUCUGGCACUCGGAUGGACAUCCCACUGGAAAUGUCAUCUAUAUCGGAUGAAGUCAGACAUCCUGACGGUCUGCAAGGUAAUGCAUCCAAUGAUGGAAAAAGCAGCUGGACUGCGACCUGUUCAUCCGUUAUGGAUGUUGCAUCUUUAGUUCUUGUGGAAACUGCAGAGGUGGAUGAUCAAGUUGGUGUGGGCCGAAGAAGGAGUCUCGAGAAUGCUGGGUUGAGAGUAGACCGAUAA